GGAGAGGAGAGACUAGACCCGCUAGCUGAGGCCGGCCGGCGCGCUGGACACGAACAUGAUGGGGAGAAAGGCGCCGCUCGGCUGUGCUACUACUCUUCUCCUCCUCUUGGCCGCCGCCGUCGCUCCGGCCGAGCUCAGCGUAUUAGGCCUAGGCGGCGGGGCGGCGGCUGCCUCGGGCGCGGUCACCCGGGCCGACUUCCCCGCCGGGUUCGUCUUCGGCGUCGGCUCCUCGGCGUACCAGGUCGAAGGUGCAGUUGCAGAGGACGGAAGAAAGCCUAGCAUCUGGGACACAUUCACACAUGAAGGCUACUCCCUCGACAACGCCACAGGCGACGUAACUGCGGAUCAGUAUCAUAAGUACAAGGACGACGUAAAGCUUCUGCAUGAGAUGGGUGUCGAUGCCUACCGGAUGUCGAUUGCCUGGCCUCGACUUAUCCCAGAUGGUCGGGGAGCCGUGAAUCCGAAGGGGCUGGAGUACUACAACAAUCUCAUAGAUGAGCUCCUUAGCUACGGAAUACAGCCUCACGUGACGAUAUACCAUUUCGAUUUCCCACAGGCUCUUCAGGACGAGUACAGCGGGCUGAUCAGUCCCAGAUUCAUAGAGGACUUCACGGCGUACGCAGACGUGUGCUUCAGCAACUUCGGCGACAGGGUCAAGUACUGGAGCACCGUCAACGAGCCCAACGUCGAGACGAUCGGCGGGUACGACCAGGGAAUCCUGCCGCCGCGGCGGUGCUCCUUCCCCUUCGGCUUCGGCUGCGAGGAAGGCAACUCCACCACGGAGCCAUACGUAGCGGCGCACCACCUCCUGCUUGCGCACGCGUCUGCGGUGUCCCUGUACAGAGACAGGUACCAGGCUGCGCAAGGAGGACGGAUCGGACUCACCUUGCUUGGUUGGUGGUACGAGCCUGGGACGCAGACUCCCGACGAUGUCGCGGCAGCCGCACGGAUGAACGACUUCCACAUCGGAUGGUUCAUGCAUCCUAUGGUGUUCGGGGACUACCCUCCGGUGAUGAGGAGGAACGUCGGGUCCAGGCUGCCGACCUUCACGGACGAGGAGGCGGCGCGAGUGAGGGGGUCUUUCGACUUCGUCGGAUUCAACCACUACAUCGUCGUCUACGUCAAGGCUGACCUUGGCCGCCUAGACGACCAAGUGCGAGACUACAUGGGCGAUGCAGCCGUGAAGUAUGACAUGCCGUUUCUCAAGUCACGCAACCAGUUCCCGUUCGGCGCCUUGACGAGCGACUUCAUGACGUCCACCCCCUGGGCUCUCAAGAAAAUGCUGAGGCAUCUCCGGGUGACAUACAAGAACCCUGCAGUCAUGAUCCAUGAAAACGGAGCUGCCGGACAGCCUGAUCCAUCCGGCGUGAACAGCUACGACGACGAGUUCAGGUCACAGUUCCUGCAGGACUACAUCGAGGCCACGCUUCAGUCCAUCAGGAACGGAUCGAACGUGCAAGGCUACUUCGUGUGGUCGUUCCUGGACGUGUUCGAGUACCUGUUCGGCUACCGCCUCCGGUUCGGCGUCUACGGCGUCGAGUUCAACUCGACGGCAAGGACAAGGUACCAGAGGCACUCGGCCAAGUGGUACGCCAGCUUCCUCCGGGGCGGCGAGCUGAGGCCAGUCGCUCUGCCUGACGGAGCAUAUUCACAGUGACCAGUUACACGUGUACGCUCCGGCUCCAGGGGAAUAUCUGGCGAUCAGCGCUCUCGGUGAGGUGGAGAGAAAAUAGAGAGUUUGUAAGCAAGGAUAGUCGGGGUGGUAUAUAUAGCAGUGCUUAGAUACGGUUUUCUUGGGUAAAUGUGGUACGAGUUGAAUAAGUUGUGGCAUGUUUGGUUAGAGGUUAGAGGAUUGGCUCUACCCGAAACCAGCUGAUUCAGAUGGUCGUUUCUAUAUAUUUGGUUAGGGGGAUGGAGUGGAUC